AUGGCAACCUUAGGCCCAGCCACCGCACAAGCUGAACUCAUGAUUCCAGCCGAAAAGAGCCCUCAUACGAACCACUUCGGGCUUACCUCGCCCUGGGAACACUAUUACCGUUCUGACACUGCUCCUCAGGGCCGCUUUGAGUGUGACCUGGACGAGAUGGUCGUCUUUGGCGAUAUUCCUCCGGAAAUCAGCGGUACCUGGUAUCGAAUGCUCGUUGAUCCUCAUUUUUGCCCGCAAGUGGGAACCCCAUUUGUGGAUGGUGAUGGGCAUGUCUGUGCCUUUCGUAUCCAAGACGGCAAGAUCUCCAUGAAAAUCAAAUAUGUCCACACCGAGAGAUGGCUUCUAGAACGAAAGGCUGGUCGUCGCCUCUUUGGUCGUUACCGAAACCCCUUCGAUAUUCACCCGUGUGUGCGAUAUGCGAAUGACACCACUGGAAACACCAACAUCAUCUACUGGGGAGGGAAUCUCCUAGCGUUGGCGGAGCGGGGAUUACCCCACGCUCUGGACCCAGACACCCUUGAGACCAGAGGCCCUGAUCCAUACGGCGGUCAGGUCGCUGCGAUGACCUUUGCGGCUCAUCCUAAAAUCGAUCCCCACAAGAAUGAGCUCGUUACUUGGAGCUAUUCAGCCAAGGGCCUCAGAACUCCGGACAUUUGUACCUACUCGGUUGAUCCCAAUGGACGUAUCUCCAAUGUACACUGGUUCAAGCAGGAUAAGCCUGGAUGGCCGCACGACGGCUGGAUCACGGAGAAUUGGAUUAUCCUUUCCAAUAUGCCUUUUGGCGUCAACACGGAUGAGGUGCUGAAAGCUGGGGGCGAUUACUGGGAAUACAUUCCCGAUCAACUCUCGGAGUUCUUGGUCACUCCACGCUAUGCGAACACUCCGAACCAUCCAGACUGGAAGCCAGGCGAGUUCCGCAAGUAUACCGCUCCUCACGGUCUGAUCGUCCACACCGGCAACGCAUGGGAAGAAGAAGGUGGCAGCUUGAAACUUGAAAGCCACUUCAUCAGCUUCAACGUCUUCCACUUUUUCAACCCGAAAGAUUAUGAAGGUCCAACAGCCAAACCCAGCGCCAACUGGAAUCGCUGGACUAUUGACCUGUCCAAGCCUGAUGGGACUGCCCUGCCUCCCCCUGAGACCCUGUUGGAGGGAAUGUUGGAUUUUCCCGUUUUUGACGAGCGUAAGACGGGCUACAAGACCAAAAUCGUCUAUCUGGCCGGUAUGACCACCCCGGAAGAACAGGAGAGACCCCGUUUCAACCUCAUCAUCAAAUUGAACACUGAGACUGGCGAAAAGUUGAUCUUCCAUGUCGACGAGGGGAAUGCCGCGGAGCCAGCGUAUAUCCCUCGAGGGCCUGAUUGUGAAGAAGGCGAUGGCUGGGUCAUAUUCUAUAUGGAGAGAGAUGUGUCGCCCAAGGGGGAAUUGGUUAUCCUCGACACUAAUGACUUCUCGAAACCAGUCGCCAUUGCGCAGUUGCCUUUUCAAACACGCGUCCAGGUUCAUGGAAACUGGGUUCCAAAUCCCCAUCCUGAGACGCCUUUGCCAAUGUUAACUGGUCCCGUCAAAGAUGUCGUGCCCAGUACUAAGUACUCCCAAUUGAAUAGGCUUCCAUAG